GCGAGUACACAGUGACAACACGGGCUUGGAGAGGGAGAUGGGGAGAAAUGAGGUCUGAAAAGGACCAAAUGACCGUGGGCAAGGAGAAAAGCGUCGUCGAGAUACAGUUUAGGGACAUCCCAAGAGAGCAAGAAAACACUCCUGGUAACCCCAAGCAGAAAGAAGAGAAGAAAGAGGUUUUUACGAAGGUGGUGAUUCGAAGGCUCCCACCUAACCUGUCAAAGGAGCAGCUACAAGAACAGCUCAGUCCACUGCCAUCAUAUGACUAUUUUGAAUUCUUCCCAGCUGAUCAAAGUCUUUAUCCUCACCUAUUCUCCAGAGCAUAUAUCAAUUUUAAAAACCUUGAAGAUAUCCUGCUGUUUAGAGACCGAUUUGAUGGCUAUGUCUUCAUUGACAACAAGGGCCAAGAGUAUCCUGCGGUGGUAGAGUUUGCUCCCUUCCAGAAAAUUUCCAAGAAGAAGCUAAAAAAGAAAGAUGCCAAAGCUGGGAGCAUUGAAGAAGACCCAGAAUAUAAGCGGUUCUUGGAAUAUUACUCCUGUGAUGAGGAGAAGUCGAUGGCCAAUCCUGAGACUCUGCUGGGAGAGAUAGAAGCCAAGACCAGGGAGCUCAUAGCCAAGCGGACAACACCCCUGUUGGAGUACAUCAAAAAUAAGAAGAUUGAGAAACAGAGAAUAAGAGAAGAGAAGAGAGAGGAGAGGAGAAGAAGAGAGCUUGAAAAGAAAAGGCAGAGGGAGGAGGAGAAGAGAAAGCGUCGAGAGGAGGAGAGACGCAAACGCAAAGAGGCAGAGAAGCAGAAGAAACUGUCUGAUAAAGACAUCAAAAUCAAGCUAUUGAAGAAGAGUGACAGAGAUGACAAUGUGGAUUCAGACCGAAUGAAGGACAAAAGUGACCUUGGGGAAACAGACAGAGGAAAAUGGGAGAAAACUGGAGGACAAAUUAAGUCAAAGGACCCAAAAGAAAAAGGUCAGCCUGAGAGCGACAAGGAGCAGAGAGAGCAGCAUGGACGCAGGCAGAGAGAAAAGGAUCACCGUGGCAAAGAUGAAGAGAGGAAACGACAGCGACACCACUAUGAGUUUGACAAGUUUAUGCGUCGCAAAGAUGAGACAAAAUGGGGGAAGGGCUACUGCCAGGACCGAGCCAAGAAAGAGGGGCACCAUCAUUAUUCUUACUGUACUGACAGUGGAGACAAACUAGGAAAGGAUGACAGGGAGGACCUGGGUAAUAGGAAGGAACGCCUCCGAAACAAGGACCGUCCAGCCAUGCAGCUCUAUCAGCCGGGUGCACGCAACCGUAAGCGCAUGAGCUCAGCAGGCAAAGGUUAUGACUGCAUCCCCGUGGGCCACUCGCCUGAACCUGGAACCGAGCACUGUUAUGAGGAUGACAGUGCCUCCAUCCACAGGGCACGAGGGGUCACUGAGUGUGAAAAUGAUGGGAAUCAUAUGCUGUGACCUUCACAGGUACCAAAUCUCAACCCAUUUGAACAUCUACGGGAGAUUUUGGAGCGAUGUGUUACAGUAGAUAGGGGUCUCCACCACCAUCAUCCAAAUGCCA